AUGACCGGCCAGCAGUAUGGCUUCGUGCAGGCUCAGGAUGGAAACAACGGCAUGAACAUGCAGAUGGGACAAGUCCCCAUGAUGGCGGCAAACGGCGCCAUGGGCAUGCAGGGACAGCAGGUCAUGCUUGUGAUGAACAUGCCUAACCAGCAGGGGAACCAGAUGAUGGACCAGAGCCACCAGCAAGGUGGAUGGGGCUGUGGUGGACAGGAUGCGAACGCGCAGCAGGGCCAGAAUGCAGUGGGUGGUCAUCCGAUGAUGAUGCCUCAGCAGCAGGCCUUCCAGCCCCAACAGCAGCAACAGCAAUUCCAGCAGAUGCCUCAGCAACAGCCGCAGCAACAGCAGGCGCCUAUGCAACAGCAACAGCAGCCGCCGCAGCAGCAACAGCAGAUGCGGCCAAACAGA